AGAAAGGCUAUGUUAUGUUUAACUUAUGUUCUUUCACGUAUAUACUACUUUGUGCAUAACUUAUACAUGAUCUUUACAUGUGACUUCUUGAAUAAUAUGCAAAUUGUUGUAAAUGCAUGAAACAUACAUAUGCACCCAAAAGAAUGUUGGGAACUCUUAACACGAUAUGCACCAUUCUCAAUAUGCACCCAAAAGAAUGUUGGGAACUCUUAACCUAAUUUCUUUGGGAACUCCUAAGACGAUAUGCACCAUUCUCAAUAUGCAGUUAUGCACCCAAAAGAAUGCUGGGAACUCUUAACAUGAUAUUUCAUGCACAGUGAUACAUAUUUAGGAGCACCUUUUCACGGCCCACUCUUUACCAUCAUCUAUAAAAUCUAAUUUCUUCUUAAAAGGAGUAAUAUAAUUGUAACAGGAAAGAGAUAACAAGAAGCUUAGUAGCUGAUAACUUUUUCCCUGCACUUUUAGCAGGGCCAGAGUGGAAUUGACAGGAAAUCAUUGAUCUUAGAUUGGAAUUGGCCAACAAUGUCGGCACUUUUCCAUGUAGUGGAUAAUGCAGCGUGACAUUUCAUAUUAGCAUAAGCCCAGCAAGGCCAAUACUUCUCUUCUAAAAGAACAAUAAUUAGCUAGGGCCCUUCCUUUUUGGUCCUUGCCUUCUUUUUACCUUUUUGUCUUAAUUUAGACAAUUGAUUCCAUUGUUAACAUUCAAUCUCUUGAUGAUAUUGCCUCUAAGCAUGGAUGGUGCCAACCUCUUUUGUCUGCAAAUCUUCUAGAUAUGAUUCAGAGACAAAUGUCUGAUACAAUACUAUUAGUAGUUUCAAAUUGGUGAUUACACAUUCCCAUUUAAGCUAUAUUCAGAAACCCUGUCGCAAUUACAAAUUAAGUCUGUAAUUUUAUGCCUUUUAACCACAAAUUAUCCCUACCACUUCCCUGAUUGCACAAAAGAAUUCACACCUUACCCCCUUCAACACAAUGCUUCUUCACAAAAAGAUAAACUAUUCUUGAAUAUUUGCCCGCAUUGGGCCUAAACAAAGUCAUAAUCCAUUCUAGUUCAGUAGAACGUCACAAUUUCUAUUUUUUUUUAUAGAAUCAUUUAUUACCUAGAAGAAAUAAAAAAUUUAGCAUAAAAUCAAAAACACAAAAUAAAAAAUCCAACGGAAGCGCACUUUUGAAUACAUUAAUCAAUUACCUUCCUUCAAUCAAGAAAUUAUGCAGAGAAACAAAAAUGAAAAUGCCAGCAUUGUUCACAAAUCCGUUCUAGGGUUUAUGCUUUAGUGUGAAACAAAAGAAUUUUGCUUGAUUAGAAAUCCAAUAUUUUAUGUGUCUUUUAUAAAAUUAUGAUAAAAAUGAAAAGUCUUUUUUUUUUUAUGUAUACAAAUCUAUAUCCACAUUUGCUCAAAAAAUGUCCAAGCCUAAAAGGAAGAAGUCAAAGGAAGGAGCUCGAGGGGACCACCGAAAGACCUUGAUAAGGCAGUACCUGAUAGACCUUUCAGUUACCUUUCUUGGGGAAUCACAGUAGACUUUGACGAGAACUUACCUGGAUGCCUCCAAAAGACCUUUCUCAGAAGUCUCUUCCCAAUAUCAUCAAGAGAUCCUUUCGGGAGCCUUUCUCGGGUACUAGAGACACGGUUCCUAGGGGACUUUUCGAACUAUGAACCAAUAAAAAUACAUCAAACCUACUUCUAUGAUUUUUUUGUAAGUAUAAACAAAGAUUUAAUCGCUCAUUUCACUUAAAUUUUUUUUUUUAAUGUAAAUAUUGGUCUCUUAGAUUAAUUAUAAUAACACUAAUAGUAAUCACAAAUUUUAAUUUCAUAUUAAAUCAUUUUUCUAAAUUUAUGAUAUUUGAUUUUAUAAGUCUAACCCUUUUUAUACUGUUUGUUAUCUCUUCUGAUUGUCAUAGACAUUAAAAAUAAGAAUUUUUGUGUAAAUUAAUAAUUAGCCAAACCACGUGAGGUUCCACGGCAAUAUACCCUUAAUAUUACAUAAGCAUACCAUAGUUGUACUCUUUGAAUGGUUUCUCUUCUCUGAAAAGCUCAAUCUUGCAUAGAAAUGGCAAAGCAAUACAGAAACCUAAAUCUCACAUUGAAACCCCAAAGCAACACUGAUUGAAUGCUUCACGCGCGGGCUUCUGCAGAGGAAAAUCUCACAUCCACUCACUCAUUGAAUAGGAAAAGAGCUACAAGAGAUUUGGUGGAAAAGGAUGCAGAACAACUCCUCUCAAGAAGAAGAGGCAUUUAAGGUUCGAAAGUUAGAGAUUUCAGACAAAGACAAGGGCUUUAUCCAACUGUUGCAGCAACUAACUUCAUGUGAUUCUGUCUCUGACAAAGAAUUCGAAGAGCGAUUCCAAGAGCUCAGUUCAUAUGGCGACAACCAUCUCGUUUGUGUAAUUGAAGAUACUCGCUCAGGGAAGAUUAUUGCAAGCGGAAGCGUGUUUAUCGAAAAGAAGUUCAUAAGGAAUUGUGGGAAAGUUGGGCAUGUUGAAGAUGUGGUGGUCGACUCCAGUGCCCGGGGAAUGCAACUAGGAAAGAAAAUUGUUGGUUUCCUUACGGAUCACGCUCAAUCAAUGGGUUGCUACAAAGUCAUCCUUGACUGUAGCACUGAGAACCGAGCAUUUUAUGAGAGAUGCGGUUUCAAGCAAAAGGAAAUUCAGAUGGUGAGGUAUUUCAUUUGAAGGAAUGUCAUGCGUUUCUUCUGGAUCGACGGGACGGCCAUUUUGUGUACAAAGUUUAAUUUGGAUGCUUCAUUGGAUUUAUUAUUAGAUAACAUUUUUGGGGUACGGUUUCUACGUGGGUCAUCAAACUGUAAUUAUGUGACAUUUUUUUGAAUAUGAAUUUUGGAUUUUAAUGUUUGCAGUUGUGUCUUAA